AUGAGGCCAUGGAGGAAGGAUGAAUGUGAAAAAUUGUUGUUCACCACUGGAGAGGUGAUAGGGAUGCAUUUUAUGAAUCCGCCUCCUGUCAUGAAGCUGAUUGAGAUUGUGAGAGGCGCAGACACUUCAGAAGACACAUUCAAGGCAACAAAAGCAUUGUCUGAGAGGUUGGGCAAGACAACAAUAACCUCUCAGGAUUAUUCUGGCUUCAUAGUGAAUCGAAUCCUUAUGCCGAUGAUAAACGAAGCAUUCUUUGCUCUUUACACUGGAGUUGCAACUAAAGAGGAUAUUGAUGCAGGAAUGAAGCUGGGAACUAACCAUCCAAUGGGUCCUUUGGAGCUUGCAGACUUCAUUGGAUUGGAUGUUUGCCUGUCAAUAAUGAGAGUUCUUCACGCUGGCCUUGGUGACAAUAAAUACACACCCUGCCCUCUACUAAUUCAGUAUGUUGAUGCUGGCCGACUUGGAAGAAAACGAGGUAUUGGGGUAUAUGACUAUCGUAGGGGGCCCAAGGGGAAGAAAUCAUCUUCUCGACUCUAA